CUAUACUACCGUGAACCCUACAAGCGUUUUGACUGGACUCAAGACUUCAAAACCGAGGGAGAGAGAAAAACCUAGGUCGUGGAUCUGAACGAUCCAUUUCUCCUCUGAAAUCUCUACACUUCUCUCCUCGUCGUCGAUCCCCGAUGGCCAGAAUCCCAUGGAUUCUAGGGUUUCUGGUUCUGAUCUGCGCAUCUCGAUUCCUCCAUGGAUCCGCCAGCAUUCGUCCGAUCUCCGACGCUCACCGAUCCGCUGCUCUCGAGCUAUUCGCUUCGGCUGAUGGAUCGUAUGCAAGCUUAGAAAAAAGUUAUGAGGCAUUGAGAACAUUUCAGAUGCUUGGACUCGAAAAAGUUGCUGAUAUUAGCCCAGCAACUUGCCCAAUUGUUGCGGAGAUACUCGGGUCAUUGUCAUCUGCAGCAAAGGAGUUGUUUCAGGCACUUAGAGUAAAUAGCAUUCUGAAAUGUCAGAUUGAUGUCAAAACCAUUGAGAGAGCCGUAUCGAAACUUCAAGAUGGUGUAAAAACGGCAGAAUCAUUAUUAGAUUUCUAUUACACCGUCGGGAGCUUGGUUCAUAUCAAGAAUCAAGGUUUUGAUGUGAUAUUAUCAGAUGUAGAUAGCGUGUUUCAUUCCAUUAAGGCACUCAGUCAAAGUGAUGGAAGAUGGCGAUAUGAUUCAAGUGGUGCUGAAUCAAGCACUUAUGCUGCUGGGAUAGCACUUCAAACACUCGCAGGAGUGGUAUCGCUGGCGGAUUCAGAGGUGGAUCAAUCAACGAUUGGGGUUGCAAAGAAAGAUAUUCUGAAGCUGCUUGAUAGCAUUAAAAGUUAUAAUGAUGGCGCCUUAUAUUUUGAAGAGAAGCAUGUUGAUAUGAAGGUGUACAAGGGGCCACUGACAACUACAGCUUCAGUAGUACGUGGUAUCACUGCUUUUGCUGCAGUUGCUUCUGGAAAGCUAACUAUCCCAGGGGAUAAAAUACUAGGUUUGGCAAAAUUUUUUCUCAGCAUAGGAAUUCCUGGCAGCAGCAAGGACUUGUUCGAUCAAAUAGACUCAUUGUCAUGCUUGGAAAACAAUAGGGUGUCCACUCCGCUCAUUCUCUCACUUCCAUCUACUGUAUUCUCAUUGACCUCAAGGGACCAGCUUAAGGUUGAGGUGACUACAGUUUUUGGUUCGUCUGCACCUCCACUAACAGUGACUCUGGUGGAAGCUUCCAUUUCUGACUCGAGGAACACCCCUGCUUUGGAGAACCAGGUGCUCCAAUAUGACCAAGAAAAUAAUAUCCACUACCUUGAUACCCCAUCGUUGAAACUUGAUGUUGGGAAAUACACAUUCGUUUUUGAGAUUUCACUUGAGGAUCCUGAUCUUGUAAAUGCUUAUGCUAUUGGAGGAGAGACAAGAGCCUUUGUCUUUAUUACAGGAACCAUCAAAAUUGACAAAGCAGAGGUUGCAAUAUUGAAUAGUGAUUUUGGGAGCGCGGAGACCACCCACAAGUUAGAUUUAGCAAAAGAUAAUGCACUGUCACUAUCAGCAAACCAUUUGCAGAAGUUACGUCUAUCUUUCCAACUAACCACUCCUCUUGGACAUGGUUUUAAGCCACAUCAGGUGUUGCUUAAACUGAGACACGAGAGCAAACUGGAGCAUAUUUUUAUAUUGGAGCAUUCAGCAAGGCAGUUCAAGAUAGUAUUGGAUUUUCUUAGCCUGGUAGAGAAAUUCUACUAUCUAUCUGGGAAGUAUGACAUAGAGCUUACAGUUGGUGAUAUAGCAAUGGAAAACUCUUUCUUGCGAGCCCUUGGGUAUGUUGAGUUAGACUUACCAGAGGCACCAGAAAAAGUAGCUCGCACUCCUCAAACUGUUGACCCCUACUUGAGAUUUGGACCUAAACAAGAGAUAUCACACAUCUUUCGAUUACCAGAGAAGAGACCUCCUAAGGAGCUUUCUUAUACGUUUUUCGGUCUUACUCUUCUACCGCUUGUUGGAUUUCUUAUUGGACUCAUGCGAUUGGGAAUAAACCUGAAGGGGUUCCCUUCCUCAGCUUUACCGGCUACAUUCUCUGUACUCUUCCAUUCUGGCAUUGCUGCGAUCCUUCUUCUCUAUGCUCUAUUCUGGUUGAAGCUUAAUCUCUUUACGACUCUGAAGGUUCUUGGGUUCCUUGGUGCAUUUUUAAUCUUUGUGGGUCAUAGGACCCUCUCCUACCUUGCGUCUUCUUCAGCAAAGCAGAAAUCUUCUUGACGAUGUUGAAGUACCUUUACCUGAGCUUUUUGUUUUCAUUUCUUUAGGCUGCAGUCGCUCUCAUAGGAAUUUUCUUGUACUCUCGGUGGUCUUAGAAGAGUUUGGCAAUAGAUUAGCAUCAAUGUUAUAUUUAUUAUGUUCUAGUUUUGAGAAGUAGAGGAAAAACGACGAAAUUAUAUUAGCUGCUCUGUUUCUGAGGAUCUUUAACUUGUAAGGGGCGUGUUGUGUAUUAUACUGAUUGGUGCCAAACAUCUUGAAUUCUAGCUGAAUUUUGGGGAUAACAUCCCCCUUUCGGAAAAGAGAUUAGUAAAGUUAAAUUCAUAUGUUAUAUUAUGGACUGAAAUUUUGUU